AUGCGUGCUCAUUUUAUUGCAUUGGACCUUGUUGAGACCCGUAACACCACUUACAGGAACCUAUUAUUGGAGAUAUGGAACGAAAUCUGCCCAUACCGCCCGGCAUAUGCUCAACUGCUCUCCAAUAGGGUUCGAUGGAUACUUGAAAACCAAAAACUAUCCCGAGCUGAGCUGGAGUGCAUUAAGACAGCCUGCUAUCCGACCAUUACGACUCGGGAGGUCACAGGCCCGCCGGAGGAGUCUAGAAGGAAGUCAUCCAUCGGCAUUAGAAGGAGCGGUCUUUUCCUAAAGACGCCGGAGGAAGACACACUGCAAAGAUCCUUCACUGGUAACCUGAUGAGGUUUUCGGGAGGGGCUGCGGAGAGAAGACCAAGGAUUCCGCGACUGAGGUUCUCUAGGGCGACUCGCGAUAUGGUGAUGAAGGUGAACUCAAUCCUACCGGAGCACCUAGCGAACGUUGAGACGCUUGAGGAGCUGGUGGACAUAGUCUACGCGGGCGCCGUAACGGUCUCUGAAGCACUUGGGCAACGGACUGACCACCAGCAAAAUACUCCAAGAUCACCCACAGUACCUCCUUGGAAGCUGCGCCUGGAGCAAAAGAUCACAGCUAUUAGAAAGAAGAUUGGUGUAGUGCAUACUUACCUCCAUUCUGAAACUCCAAAUGUUAAGGUUAUCAAAGCCGUUAAGAAGAUAGCCUCGGAAUCCCGUAUUAAAUGCAAGGACCCGCACUUCAAAGAAAGGAUAACAGUCGUUUCCGAUCACCUGAAACAAAAAAUCAAGGCAUUAGGGAACCGUAUUAGACGAUAUAAUGAGAGGACUAAACGCUACAAGAACAACAACCUAUUUUAUAAGGACCAGAAACAGUUUUUUCGUACUCUGGAAGCAGGAGAUGAAGGGGAAAUUGGUCAUCUAGAACCCGAUAAAGCGCACAGUUUCUGGACUGAGGUGUGGUCUAGGGAAAGCACCCAUGAUGACAACGCGUAUUGGAUAGAGGAAGCACAGCAGGAAAUACCCAUACAACCUAUGGACGAAAUAAACCUGCGGCAGUCGGAUAUACCUGAAAUACUCAGGGGCUCCAACAACUGGGCAUCCCCGGGGCCUGACAAACUCCACAACUAUUGGUGGAAGUAUUUCAACAACGUGCACGAAAAACUAGCACUGCUCCUACAAAAUGCCAUUAACAACCCUACCCUAUUACCAGGCUUUCUCACGCAGGGGGUCACUUACCUGAUCCCAAAAGAUGGCGAUAAAAAAGAUCCCAAGAACUAUCGCCCAAUAACUUGUCUUUCAUCGGUUUAUAAGAUCCUUACUGGAGUGCUCACGAAAUAUAUCAGUAGACACAUCAGAGAGCACAACUUAAUGACCGAAGAACAAGGUGGCUGCCGAGAGAAGACAAAGGGGUGUAAAGAGCUUUUAGUCAUAGAUCAUAUUGUCACCAAACAAGCGCGAAAAAAGCUCAGAAAUAUUUCCGUUGCCUGGGUAGACUACAAAAAGGCUUUUGACUCUGUCCCGCACACGUGGCUGUUGAAAGUUCUGGAGAUGCAUGGGAUAGCCGGAAAGGUGAUCGAAUUGCUGGGGCACCUGAUGAAGAACUGGAGGACCUCCCUUUUCGUGCGAUCGGGAGAUGUACUGGUGGAGACAGAACAAAUAAAGAUAAACAGGGGUAUAUUUCAGGGAGACACAUUGAGCCCAAUUUGGUUCUGUUUAGCUCUCAAUCCUCUCAGCAUAAUCCUCAACAACACCAACUAUGGAUAUGUCAUAAAUAAGAACAGGCAAGUCACCAUCUCUCACCGCUUAUAUAUGGACGACUUGAAACUCUAUGGAGCGAACUCCGAACAACUGAGAAGAAUGUUAGAGAUAGUUUCAGCUUUCAGCGAGUCAGUUGGGAUGGAGAUGGGGGUUGAAAAAUGUGCCGUGCUCGACGUCCGGAGGGGAAAAAUCGAGGAUACUACGGAGGGAGUAUCCUUGAUGAAUAACAUCACAAUACCCGCACUGGAUAAAGAAGUCCCAUACAAAUACCUGGGGAUCAAGCAGGCAUUGGAAAUAAAAACUCCAGAGAUGAAAGAGUCUUUUAAGGAGAAGCUUCUGGCAAGGAUUGUUCUGCUACUUAGAGCCAAGCUGAAUUCCAAGGCUCUGUUCAUGGCCAUCAAUAUAUGGGCGAUCCCAAUCAUGGCUUAUUCAUUCGGCGUACUCAAUUGGUCGACGACCGAGCUCCGCGCACUGGACAGGGAUGUACGAUCAAUCCUGACUAAAUAUGGAGUGCACCAUCCCCACUCCUCCACUAUCAGGCUUUACCUCCCACGACAUCAAGGGGGAAGAGGGUUGUUAAGCUUAGAGGCAGUCCAUGGGAAAAAUAUCAGUGACCUCAGGCAGCACUUCCUGAAAAGAAACUCACCAAUGUUUAGGGCGAUCCGAGAAGCGGACCAGAGAUUGUCUCCACUGAAGCUCUCCGACUCAGAAUAUCAGGUCCCUCAACCCUCUGCGGAAGAUCUUAUCGCGGAGUGGAGCGCCAAGGCUUUGCACGGCCGAUAUCCAUCUCACCUGAAAAGCAGAGAAGUAGAAAAGGUAGAAUCUCUUACUUACCUUCGUGCAGGCUACCUUUUCCCGGAAACGGAAGGAAGACUCUUGGCGAUACAGGACCAGGUGGUGCCCACAAGGACGUAUAUGAAGCAUAUUGCCAAGCAGGAGGUCCCAUCUGAUCGAUGUAGGAGGUGCGCUGAGGCUGCGGAGUCCAUACAGCACAUCACCUCCUCGUGUCCGAUACUUGCCCCCGUGGAAUAUCUUGGCAGGCAUGAUGCGAUGGGACGCAUUUACCAUCAGCAGAUCGCUUUAAAACUUGGGUUGCUCAAGGAUGAGGUAGAGCAACAUUUAUACAUGCCGAAAACCAUUUUGGAAAAUCAGUGCCAUAAAAUUUAUUGGGACGCAACUCUCGUGACGGACAGAGGGGCAGCACACAAUAGGCCAGACAUUGCCAUCUUUGAUUGGGAACGGAAAACUUGCUUACUGCUGGACUUCACUGUCCCAGCAGAUGACAACCUGGCAAGGGCGUACACGGAAAAAAUAACGAAGUACGCCGAUCUGGCUUUCCAACUACGUGAGAUGUAUAAGCUGAAAUCAGUAAAUGUGCUCCCGAUGAUAAUCUCAGUUAACGGCCUGGUGGAGAAACAUCUACCCGAGAACACCAAAAGGCUCUGUCUGGACCGGAAUGUGAUAUCCAGCUCACAAAAGCAAAUAAUACUGAGCACGACAAGAAUAGUAAGGAGGUUUCUCCAAGGUCCGUAG